AUGGCCGAGCAGGGCCUGGAGAUGGCCUCCAUGAUCCCGGCGCUGCGGGAGCUGGCCAGUGCUAGUCCAGAAGAGUACAAUACAGUUGUGCAGAAACCGAGACAAAUACUCUGCCAGUUCAUUGACAGAAUUCUUACAGAUGUAGAUGUUGUUGCUUUGGAACUCAUUAAGAAACCAGAUUCACAGCCAAGUUCUGUAAUGUUGCUUGACUUUAUUCAACAUAUCAUGAAAUCUUCCCCGCUUAUGUUUGUAAACGUGGAUGGAAAUCAGGAGGAAACCGAAUGCAGUUGCAUUGAAUUUAGUAACUGGAUCAUAACAAGGCUUCUCCGAAUUGCUGCAACUCCAAACUGCAACACGUUGCACAAGAACAUCUGUGAUGUCAUCUGCUCUUUACUUUUUCUGUUUAAAAUGAAGAGUUGCUCCAUUUUUGAAGUACUAACAAAAGACUUGCUAGAGCUUUUCCAAGACUUAAUCUUCCUGCAUGAAAGAGAUGCACAAAAGCAUCUCUGGGGAGAUGUACCGGUCUGGCCAGUGACUGUAAAGAGAUUUUCAAGCAAUACAAGUGACAAUGUGGGAUAUUUAAGAUUGGCACCAUUACAGCUGAUGGGUAUGCCCAAUAUAGAAUGUUUGGAAGUUAUAUUAAUGUCUAUUCUGACCGACAUUGUUGCAGAUGUGUUUUUUGUAAGACAAGAUAUUAUUCUCUGGGGGAUAGGCUGCUCCCUGUUGGAGUAUGGCAGUCCAAAAGUUAAAGCUUUGGCAGUGAAAUUUUUAGUAAAAUUAAUUCAUUUAGGAGGACAUCCAGAACAGCUGGCCAGUGUUUUCUUCACAGUCUUUUUUGGAAUUCUACAGUCAGCACUUGAAAUGGAUACUGAAGAAUCAGAACUCUUUGGAGAACCACUCUUAAUGUUGGUGAGGACAUUGUUGCCUUUUGAAGCAGAUUCUUACAAAAAUAUUGAACCUGUCUAUUUGAAUAUGCUACUAGAGAAGCUCUGUGCAUUGUUUGAAGGUGAUGUGUUCAGGUGUCUUCAGUCUGAAAAGCUGAAAGCUGCUUUUUGCCAUAUACUGCAAUAUUUUCUGGAGUUUGUUCCAACUGGCUAUGAAUCUGCCUUACAAGUAAGAAAAGUCCAUAUCAAUACCAUAUGCAGAAUUUUUGUGAAUGUGCUUGGAACUCAGGAAGAACAAGAGUAUCUGGUGAGUCCACUUUAUACCGCAUUAAAAACACAAACGGAAGAAAUCUUUCAGGAGCUUCAUCAGAACCAGCUAGAUACUUCUGAUACUGAUGGGUGGAGCAGCAGCAGUGAUGAAGUUCCAGAGAAAAGACGACGACUAAGCCUACCAACAAAGCAUCCAAAGAAAUCAACUACACCAGUAAUUCCUGUAGACAUGAAAUUGAAGAGCACUCUAUGGAAUGCCAUCGCAAAGAAAGCUGCGUCCUUAAUAUUUCUGCUUGAGAAAGAAAUUCUGACAGCGGAUAUUCUUCAGACUGUAGAAGGGAUUGCUGUAAUUCUGCGACUAGCUGCUUUGUGCAUAGUUCAUUUAACUCAUCCGUGUAACUCUGACACAUGCAAGAAUACUCCGAGCUCCUCAGAUUCAGUGGUGAAUAUACAGUUCACAUGGAUUUCCUCUGAUUUUAUCACAAGACUAGUGAAAGUCUGCAGAAACUUGUUAGAGGCUGCUACGCAGAUUGUUAACCUAGAACAAGUGAUUGACAGAAUAGUGAAAAUCUUUGAUGCUUUACUGUAUGCACAAGUGAAAAUUCCACUGAGUGAUCAGAUUCUUGAUAACUUAUGUGGAUUGCUGUCUCUGCCCUGGAUUUACAGCCAUCCUGAUGAUUCUUCUUUUAAGUCAUCUGCUUUUGGGUUUGAUCCUCUAGUUUUGAGUCAAAAAACUGCACAGAGUUUCUCACCCCAAACUCAGUCACACUGUGUGUUCCUUCUGUCUCUCUUCCCAAGAAACAUUCGUCUGGAUUGGAGAAAAUCCAUUUAUCGUUGGGCACUACAAAGUCCCCAUGAAGUAAUUCGGGCUACUUGUGUUAAAGGAUUCUCUCUCCUGCUUCAUCCACCAAGUGUGCAGUCCUGCAGUAUGAUUCCCAAAGCUCUUUUAAGUCAAAUCAAAGAUGAGUCUGAGCUAGUCAAGGAGGCUUGUGCUGCUAUAGUUGGGAAAUUAUCUUGCUGUCUUUCUGGUACAUUCAGUGUACGACCUUCCUUAGCAGACUCUGCUAUUAGGCAUGUUACUUAUGAUAUUUUAUGUAGCAGCCUUACUGUGACUUCUGCUCAUGAAAAAACUUGUUCUGUGCAAGCCUGCAUUUUCAAGCCAUUUCUUAUUCUCCUCGAGAACAAAGUAUCCAGUUCAGUAAAGCUAGCAUUUAUAGAAAAUAUACCUCAUCUUUGCAAACAUCUGGAUUUUAACACUGAUGAGUCCAGUGUGAAGAUUCUUGUUGGGUCUUUAUUAAAUCUAAUGGAAGAUCCAGAUAAAGAUGUAAGAGUGGCUUUCAGUGACUGCAUAAAGAACAUACUAGAAUCCUUAGACUCUGAAGAAGGAUUCAUAAAAGAGCUGUUUGUUUCAAGGAUGAAAGAAGCCUAUACAAAUGCCAAAAUAUCAAGAAAUAAUGAGCUUAAAGAUACCUUGAUUCUCACAACAGGAGAUAUUGGAAGGGCAUCAAAAGGAGAUUUGGUACCAUUUGCCCUCCUGCAUUUGUUACACUGUUUGUUGUCCAAGUCAGCUUCUGUGGCUGGAGCAGCAUACACAGAAAUUCGAUCCCUGGCAGCAGCUAAGUCCAUAAAACUGCAAGCUUUUUUCAGUCAGUACAAGAAGCCUAUCUGUCAGUUUCUAGUGGAAUCCCUGCACUCCAGCCAGAUGGCAGUAUUGAGUGCUCCAUGCCAGGGUAAUGAGCUACAGAAACAAACAGCUGCUCACCAGAGAGAAAUGGCUCUGGACAUGUUAUCUGAGAUCGCCAAUGUAUUUGAUUUUCCAGAUCUAAAUCGCUUUCUCUCACGGACCCUACAAGUUUUGCUUCCUGACCUUGCAGCCAAGGCUAGUCCUGCAGCCUCCACACUUAUUCGAACUAUAGCAAAACAGUUGAAUGUAAACCGAAGAGAGAUUUUAAUCAAUAACUUCAAAUACAUCUUCUCUCAUUUGGUCUGUUCCUGCUCCAAGGAUGAGCUUGAGCGGGCGCUUCAUUAUCUCAAGAAUGAGACUGAGAUAGAACUGGGCAGCUUGCUGAGACAGGACUACCAAGGACUGCAUAAUGAAUUACUGCUGCGUAUAGGAGAACACUAUCAACAAGUCUUCAAUGGUUUGUCAAUACUGGCUUCAUUUGCAUCUCAUGAUGAUCCCUAUCAGGGACCUAGAGAAAUAACAUCACCUGAACAAAUGGCUGAUUAUCUGCAACCUAAAUUGCUUGGUAUCCUGGCUUUUUUUAACAUGCAGUUACUGAGUUCCAGUGUUGGCAUUGAGGAUAAAAAAAUGGCUUUAAACAGUCUUAUGUCUUUAAUGAAGCUCAUGGGUCCCAAACACAUCAGUUCAGUAAGAGUGAAGAUGAUGACUACACUGAGAACAGCUCUAAGAUACAAGGAUGACUUUCCAGAACUGUGUUGCAGAGCCUGGGAUUGUUUUGUUCGAAGUCUGGAUAUUUCAUACCUUGGUUCCUUGCUUAGUCAUGUGAUAGUAGCGUUAUUGCCCCUUAUACAUAUCCAGCCAAAGGAAACUACAGCAGUAUUUUACUUUCUCAUAGUUGAGAACAGGGAUGCAGUACGAGACUUUUUACAUGAAAUAUAUUUUCUGCCUGACCUUCCAGAACUAAAAGAAAUUCAAGUUGUCCUUCAGGAAUACAGAAAGGUACUGCUUCAUUUAUUUAUUUUGAGUUACAGUUGGAAAAUUUCCAAGAAUGUUUACCAUAAACAUGAUUGUAGAAUAACUCAUCUUUAUUUUUCAACUUCCUAGGAAAAAUUGAUAAAGUAUGUAACAGACAGUGAAACUGUGGAGCCAGUCAUCUCCCAGUUGGUAACUGUACUUCUAAUCGGCUGCCAGGAUGCAAAUUCUCAAGCCCGACUACUUUGUGGAGAAUGUUUAGGUGAACUGGGAGCCAUAGAUCCCGGCAGGCUGGAUUUUUCAACAAGUGAAACUCAAGGAAAACAUUUUACAUUUGUGGCUGGUGUGGAGGAUCCAAAUUUUGCCUAUGGGUUAUUAAUGGAACUGACCAGAGCAUUCCUUGCUUACGCUGAUAAUGUUCGUGCUCAGGAUUCUGCAGCAUAUGCAAUUCAGGAGUUAUUGUCUAUCUAUGACUGUAGAGAGACAGACACUGACUGCCCAGGCUCCAGGCUUUGGCGGAGGUUUCCUGAGCAAGUGCAGGAGAUCUUGGAACCUCACUUAAAUACACGGUACAAGAGUUAUCAAAAGGCUGUAAAUUGGUCUAAGAUGAAGAAGCCAAUUUACUUAAGCAAAUUAGGUGAUAAUUUUGCAGAAUGGUCGGCAACUUGGGCGGGUUAUCUUAUAACAAAGGUGCGACAUGAUCUUGCCAGAAAAGUUUUCGAUUGCUGCAGUAUUAUGAUGAAGAAUGACUAUAAAGUGACAAUUUAUCUGCUUCCACAUAUCCUUGUCUAUGUUUUGUUGGGAUGCAGUCAAGAGGAUCAACAAGAGGUUUACAUGGAGAUUAUGGCUGUUCUGAAACAUGAUGACCAGUCUACUAGGAGACUUGAAGACAGUGCAUCUGAUCUAAGUCAGCUGAGCACACAGACGGUGUUCUCCAUGCUUGAUCAUCUAACUCAGUGGGCUAGACAUAAGUUUCAAAUGCUUAUUGCUGAGAAAAAUACUAGCAAGUCUAGCAAAGACAGAGCUGAUCUAAAAACAUCAAGUGAGGACUAUGGAGAAUAUCAGAACGUGACACGUUUUCUAGACCUCAUACCUCAGGAUACGCUAGCUGUGGCUUCCUUUCGCUCUAAGGCUUACACAAGGGCUGUGAUGCACUUUGAAUCAUUCAUCACAGAGAAGAAACAAAAUAUUCAGGAGCACCUUGGAUUUCUUCAGAAAUUGUAUGCUGCUAUGCAUGAGCCAGAUGGAGUAGCUGGGGUGAGUGCAAUUCGGAAAGCAGAACCAUCUCUGAAAGAACAAAUCCUUGAACAUGAAAGUAUUGGCUUGUUAAGAGAUGCGACAGCCUGUUACGAUAGGGCUAUCCAAUUGGAACCUGAUCAGAUUAUUCAUUAUCAUGGUGUAGUGAAGUCCAUGUUAGGCCUUGGUCAGUUAUCUACUGUAAUUACUCAGGUCAAUGGAGUGCUUGCAAACAGGUCUGAAUGGAUUUCUGAAUUGAACACUUACAGAGUGGAAGCAGCCUGGAAGCUGUCACGAUGGGAUCUACUGGAAAAUUAUUUGGCUUCAGAUGUGAAGUCCACUACUUGGAGCGUCAGACUAGGACAUUUAUUAUUAUCAGCCAAGAAGAAAAAUGAAGCAGCUUUUUAUGAAACACUCAAGGUUGUUCGAGCAGAACAGAUUGUACCACUUUCAGCGGCGAGCUUUGAAAGAGGAUCCUAUCAGCGAGGAUACGAACACAUUAUCAGAUUGCAUAUGCUGUGUGAGUUAGAACAUAGUAUUGGACCAAUGUUUCAGCAACCAGAUGGUGACCACGGUAGAGAUUCCCUGAAUUGGUGUGCUCGUAUUGAAAUGACCCAAAACUCUUACAGAGCAAAAGAACCCAUUUUAGCACUGAGAAGGGCUUUGCUUAGUCUCAGUAAAAGCCAGGAUUACAGUGAGCUUGUUGGACAGUGUUGGCUCCAGAGUGCUAGAGUUGCGAGAAAAGCUGGUCAUCACCAGACUGCAUAUAAUGCUCUUCUGAAUGCUGGGGAAUCUACACUCUCAGAACUUUAUAUAGAAAGAGCAAAGUGGCUCUGGUCCAAGGGUGAAGUUCAUCAAGCACUCAUUGUUCUCCAGAAGGGGGUUGAGUUAUGUUUCCCUGAAAAUAAAGCACCGUGUAAUACCAAAAAUCAGCUCAUCCAUGGUCGGGCAAUGCUGCUAGUGGGCAGAUUUAUGGAAGAAACUGCUAACUUUGAAAGCAAUGCAGUUAUGAAAAAGUAUAAGGAUGUUACGAUUUUCUUGCCAGAAUGGGAAGAUGGACAUUUUUAUCUUGCUAAAUAUUAUGAUAAAUUAAUGCCAAUGGUAACUGACAACAAGAUGGAAAAACAAGGAGAUCUGAUUAGAUACAUAGUUCAUCAUUUUGGGAGGUCUCUACAGUAUGGAAACCAAUUCAUCUAUCAGUCAAUGCCAAGAAUGCUGUCUUUAUGGCUGGACUUUGGAGCAAAAGCAUAUGAAUGUGAUAAAGCUAGUCGUUCAGAACGUGUUCAAAUGAAAAAUGAUUUAGCUAAAAUAAACAAGGUGAUUACAGAGCACACGAAUCACCUGGCACCUUACCAGUUUCUGACAGCUUUUUCUCAGUUAAUCUCCCGAAUCUGCCAUUCUCAUGAUGAAGUCUUCGCAGUUCUGAUGGUGAUUGUUGCUAAAGUGUUUUUAGCCUAUCCACAGCAAGCAAUGUGGAUGAUGACUGCUGUGUCCAAGUCCUCUUACCCUACGCGUGUCAAUAGAUGUAAGGAAAUUCUAAACAAAGCUAUUCACAUGAAGGAAUCUUUAGGAAAAUUUAUUGGAGAUGCAACACGCCUUACAGAUAAGCUAUUAGAACUGUGCAACAAACCGGUUGAUGGAAACAGCUCAACAUUAAGCAUGAAUAUUCAUUUCAAAACACUCAAGAGAUUAGUAGAAGAGCACACGUUUAGUGAAAUUCUCAUUCCCUUACAAUCUGUAAUGAUACCAACUCUUCCUUCAAUUCCUGGUACACAUGCUAACCAUGACCCUUUUCCUGGAUGCUGGGCCUACAUUGCAGGCUUUGAUGAUACGGUGGAAAUUCUUGCCUCACUUCAAAAGCCAAAAAAGAUCACCUUAAAAGGUUCAGAUGGGAAAUCUUACAUUAUGAUGUGUAAGCCAAAAGAUGAUCUAAGAAAAGACUGUCGGCUCAUGGAAUUCAACUCCCUUAUUAAUAAGUGCUUAAGAAAAGAUGCGGAGUCACGUAGGCGAGAACUCCAUAUUCGAACCUACGCAGUUAUUCCAUUAAACGAUGAAUGUGGCAUAAUUGAAUGGGUGAACAAUACUGCUGGUUUAAGAAAUAUCCUGAUAAAACUUUAUAAGGAGAAAGGUAUCUAUAUGACUGGAAAAGAAUUGCGUCAGCAUAUGCUUCCAAAGUCAGCACCUUUGUCUGAAAAGCUGAAAAUGUUCAAAGAAGUCCUUCUGCCUCGUCAUCCUCCUCUCUUUCAUGAAUGGUUUCUUAGAACAUUUCCUGAUCCUACUUCAUGGUACAAUAGUAGGUCAGCCUAUUGUCGUUCUGUUGCAGUUAUGUCAAUGGUAGGUUACAUACUUGGCCUAGGAGACCGUCAUGGUGAAAACAUCCUGUUUGAUUCGUUGACUGGUGAAUGUGUGCAUGUGGAUUUCAACUGCCUUUUCAAUAAGGGAGAAACUUUUGAAGUUCCGGAAAUCGUUCCUUUUCGUCUCACUCACAACAUGGUUAAUGGAAUGGGUCCAAUGGGAACAGAAGGUCUCUUCCGAAGAGCUUGUGAAGUCACAAUGAGGCUUAUGCGUGAUCAAAGGGAGCCUCUAAUGAGUGUCUUAAAGACUUUUCUCCAUGAUCCUCUUGUGGAAUGGAGUAAACCUGUUAAAGGGAAUACAAAAGCACAGGUGAACGAAACUGGAGAAGUUGUCAACGAAAAGGCCAAAACCCAUGUCCUUGAUAUAGAUCAACGGCUGCAAGGUGUCAUUAAGACUAGAAACAGAAUAAAAGGAUUACCCUUAUCUAUUGAAGGGCAUGUUCAUUACCUUAUUCAAGAAGCAAGUGAUGACAACCUGCUCUGCCAGAUGUAUAUGGGCUGGGCUCCAUAUAUGUGA